GUGUUGUGUUCCUCUGAUACACAUAACUGACACCAGAGGAGCAGAGGGAAACUCACACUAGCACAUAUUUGUGUUUCUGGAAGCUGAGAAUAUGCCAAGGACUUCCUAUAAAUCAUGGCCGAGUCAAGUGUUUGCUAAAAUUCUGGGCAACAUAAAAUGAAGCAAUAUUCAACCUUCCAAGGAUUAAAAGCAACAAGAGGGUAUGAGAAGCAGAGGAACAUUCUACAGACAGACAACACUCAAACCCAAGAGAAAAUCUGACCUGGUCCCCAUCAAGGUCUUCUGUCUCUGCAGUCAUGAAGGACCGCAUGGAGGAGUUGCGUCAGCGGAUGAAGGCCAGCGAUAAGCUGGUGGACAACAACCUCUUCAAUGAGGAGGAGGACAUGGACCCGUCCUCGCUGAUAGGCCUGCAGGCCGUGAUCUUCGAGGCAGAGCCCGUCCUGGAGAACUUCCUGAAGGAGGCUCAGAGCAUUCAUGACAGCAUCGAGGAGCUGAACUCUGAAGUCCGUAAGUUCAGCCAGCAGCAGAAAAACUUUAUGGCCACCAUCAGGCGUCUCAGCAGCAUGAAAAAAGAGAGCAGCAUGACACGAGACAUCAAGCUGAUGGCCGAGAGCCUGCAUAAAAGGUUAGACGCACUUUCCAAGAAGGCUAAGCAAACCGAGGCAGAGCUGGGCCCGGACUUUGCCACGUCCCGUAUCCAGAAGGCCCAACACGCGGCCCUCUUUCGUCAGUUCCAGCAAGUAAUGCGCCAACACAACGACGCGAUCCUGGGCAAGCAGAACAAAUGCAAGCAGUUUAUCAUCCGGCAGUUGGAGGUAUCGGGUCGCGAGGUGUCCGAAGAUGAGGUGGAUGACAUGAUGGAGCAGGGCAAGUGGGAGAUCUUCAAUGAGAACAUCAUAGUGGAUGCAAAGAUCACCCGUACGCAGCUCUCAGAGAUCGAGCAACGCCACAAAGAGCUCCUGAACCUGGAGAGCAACAUGAAGGACCUGCGAGAUCUCUUUCUAGAUGUGUUCAUGCUGGUGGAAGAGCAAGGCCACCGGAUCGAGAACAUACAAGCCAAUGUGGAGAAGACGCAAGACUAUGUAGCAGUCACGAAGGAGAUGUUCAAAACGGCUGCGAGAUACAAGAAGAAGAACCCUCUCAGAAGACUGUGCUGUUGUUGCUGUCCUUGGUUCAGAUAGCAGGGAAGGGCUGGCAAAAUAAACUGUGGGAACGUUUAGAAUUUGCUGCUCUCUCAAGGGCCGAGUACACUAACUGCAGACACUGACCACUGCCUGCUGAAGAUAAAAAGUAAGGGCACAAAGCACUUUUGGAUAAUAUUAAAACAGGAAGGCUCCAUAGCAAUGAAAACAGUUGGGUGUUGACAUGCAAUACGAAUGGUUAUAUAAAGAUUUCACAAAAGGUUAUGAUGUUGUUACAUCACAUCACUUCAAAUUAUGUAAGAGAUAAUCAAAGGUAAACUUAGUUUGUAUUUUAUUAUUGUGGAAAAGUUGCACAAUUUUGGAUGUCAGUUUAAUUUUAUAAUUUUUUUCCCCUUUCAGUAUUAUUUUAAAUGGAUAUUUUUUGAUGUAUCCUAUUGUCUGCUUUAGAUUGAUCAAAUAACUGAGCUGAAAAUCACACAUUCUGUCUUAAGAGAUAAGAUUAAGCAAAUAUGCCCUAUAUUUUCAAGUAAAAAGCCAACUGAAAGAUUUCUGCAAGUCCACAUCUAAGGGGCAUUUACACAACACUGUUUUCAACUAAAAAUGGAAAACAUUUUUAUGCGUUUUGGCCAUUCAUUUACUCAAAUGUACUCAGUGUAUUAAAAACGGAAAAGCUU